AGGUGGCUGGCCCGGGCUUCGGGAGCGGGAGCUGAGCGAAGCUGGGCCCCGAAACGGGGCCGCCGCCGUCGCUGCCACUGUCGCCACAGCCACUGCUACAGUCACCGCCGCCAUGCGUUGGGUCCGGGUGCUGCUAAAGAACGCAUCCCUGGCCGGCGCGCCCAAGUACAUCGAGCACUUCAGCAAGUUUUCCCCGUCCCCGCUGUCCAUGAAGCAGUUUCUGGACUUUGGUUCUAGCAAUGCCUGCGAAAAAACUUCCUUCACCUUCCUGAGGCAGGAGCUGCCUGUGCGGCUGGCCAACAUAAUGAAGGAGAUCAAUUUGCUUCCAGACCGGGUACUAGGAACUCCAUCCGUACAGCUGGUGCAGAGUUGGUAUGUCCAAAGUCUUCUGGACAUCAUGGAGUUCCUGGACAAAGACCCUGAGGACCAUCGGACCCUGGGACAGUUCGCAGAUGCCUUGGUCACAAUCCGUAACCGGCACAAUGAUGUGGUGCCCACCAUGGCCCAGGGUGUUCUGGAGUACAAGGAAGCCUAUGGUGAUGACCCUGUCUCCAACCAGAACAUCCAGUACUUCCUGGACCGAUUUUAUCUCAGCCGCAUCUCCAUCCGAAUGCUCAUCAAUCAGCAUACAUUGAUCUUUGACGGCAGCACAAACCCUGCCCACCCCAAACAUAUUGGCAGCAUUGAUCCCAACUGUGAUGUCUCCGAGGUGGUGAAAGAUGCCUAUGAUAUGGCCAAACUCCUAUGUGACAAAUAUUAUAUGGCCUCUCCCAGCUUGGAGAUUCAAGAGAUCAAUGCCGCCAACUCCAAACAGCCCAUCCAUAUGGUCUACGUCCCCUCCCAUCUCUACCACAUGCUCUUUGAGCUCUUUAAGAAUGCCAUGCGGGCAACUGUGGAAAGCCAUGAGUCCAGCCUCACACUCCCACCCAUCAAGGUGAUGGUGGCCUUGGGUGAGGAAGAUCUAUCUAUCAAAAUGAGUGACCGGGGUGGGGGCGUUCCUUUGCGAAAGAUUGAGAGGCUCUUCAGCUACAUGUACUCCACAGCUCCCACCCCUCAGCCAGGCUCCGGGGGGACCCCUUUGGCUGGUUUUGGCUAUGGACUCCCCAUAUCCCGCCUUUAUGCCAAGUACUUCCAGGGUGACCUGCAGCUCUUCUCCAUGGAGGGCUUCGGGACUGAUGCUGUCAUCUAUCUAAAAGCCCUGUCGACAGAUUCUGUGGAACGCCUGCCCGUCUACAACAAGUCAGCAUGGCGUCACUACCAGACCAUCCAGGAGGCAGGCGACUGGUGUGUGCCAAGCACAGAGCCCAAGAACACAUCCACCUACCGAGUCAGCUAGACAGGCUGCCAGUGGAUGAGGCUUUGGGAGGGUUCCCAUUGCUGGCAAGUCCCCUCCUGGCUUCACAGUGAUGACCAUGAGGACAGAUGGAUCUCUUUAGGGACCAGUCACCCUGGUGACCUGCCCCCUCUAUCCACCACCCUAAGGGGUUAGGGGGAUGUCACUCUGAUGACCUGUCUCUGUUUCCAUGGAAACUGUGGUGAUGCCCUUUUCUACACUGACCCCCCAGAUGCCAAUUUCUGUUUCUGUAAAGACCCCUGGGGAUACUCUUCCCUUCAGACCUUCCACUCUCCCCUAACCAUCUUAAGUUGGGGGUGGGAUGGGGAAGAGUUCCCCUUGAUUACCUGACUGUUUCUAUGGCAACUGCAGUGAUGCCUUCACUACAGUAGCCCCCAGGUGCAAUCUUUGUCUCCAUAGAGUCUCCUGGGGAGACUUAGGGUGGUCUACCUGGUGACUUCCCCCUGCCACUACCCCAAGGAAAGAGGGAGGAUCUUCUUGA